AUGAUCUACUUCCAUGUAAUAAAACUUUUUCCUAAAAACUUUUCAAGGAUUACGGUAACCCAUUUUCUCACACCCUUUUAUUCUUCAUCUUCCCUCAUUCAUAAUAUAGGGUGUUAUAUAUGGAAAAAGUCAGGAAUUAUUAUUAUUACCCCACACUACUACUCUUUCCUUUUUAGAUGGCAAAACUCUCUUCGUCACAAUUUGUCCUUCAACGAUUGCUUCAUUAAAAUCCCCAGACGAGCCGAUCGGCCGGGAAAGGUGAGAUUUGGCUGGAAACAUUUUCAGCAAAAAACUUUUUUUUUAAUUUCUAAAAAUUUUGAAAAAAUCGGUCUGAUUUUCAUGAAAAACCAACCCCUGUUCAUGUUUGAUAGUUUUCAGAGCGCAACUUUUUUCAAACUUCACUUUUUUCUGAUUUGUAAAUUGCAAAAUGUAGGUCUUGCAAUUGCAAAAUGUAGGCAAAGCGCUUCAAAGUGGUAUAUAACAUGUCUUAUUUCCAAUGUCUACUUCUUGAUAACAGGACCAUCAAAGCUAGUGAUUUUUUAUAUCAUAUUAAAGCUCUUAACAAGCCCUAGAUGUCGCAAUUUGAAUUUUUCAAAAGUUCCAAUUUUGAACAAAGUUACGCACUAA